AUGCCAUCCGCCGAUGAUUCUUCGUCCCGACCAAGCGGUUCGAGCUCUCGGGCAGACCAGCUAGCUUAUUACAAGGCACAGUAUGAGCAGCUAGAGUCAGAACUGGCGGAUUUCCAGGCCUCGAGCCGUGAGUUGGAGAGUGAACUGGAAAAGGAUAUCGAGGCGUCUGAGAAGCGAGAGCGGCAGUUGAAGGAGAAGGUGGAUGGUUUACGAUACGAAGUUGACGAAUGGAAGACCAAGUAUAAACAAUCCAAGUCGGAGGGAAAUUCGGCCCAGAACACGUUGCAGAAGGAGAUUACGACCCUGCGAGAUACAAACCGGACGCUACAACUGAGACUUCGAGAUAUUGAAGUCGCAAACGAUGAUUAUGAACGCCAGGCCCGUAACACGACUUCGUCCCUGGAGGAUAUGGAGUCCAAAUUCAACGUGGCCAUUGAAAGGGGUGUCUUGUUAGAAGAGGAAAUCAGAAGCGGUGAACUGGAGCGAGAGGGUCUACGGAUUGACAACCAGCGGCUGCGUGAUGAACUAUCGGAUUUGAAGAUCGAGGCCGAAAUCAUUCAGGAGAAGCUCCGCAACACCGAAUCGAAUGGGCGCAGGAAGCCCACUCCUUUGUACCGCAGCCCGUCCACGCCCCAGACUCCGGGAUUCGACCGUUCUUCUGGUAUUUCGACCCCCCCGACCAAAUUGUCGAUGGCAUCCAUGGCUGCCACGCCUCCAUCACCACCCAUAUCCGAGACGUCAAUUAACAUGCGCAAAACCAUCAACACAACACCCGCUUUCCCGCGCCAGAAGGCUUCGGCUAGUACCGAGCUUGGGUCUCGAUCCUUGUACGGGCCGAGAGAGUCAAAAGGACACAAAGCGCCGAGUAGGGCGCCGAACAAGACGCCGAUCCGAACCCCUCAUACUCGGGCUACGUCUGCUGCUACUUAUAGCAACAACAGCCAGAAUGGCCAAACUAGUCAGCCCAACUUCAACGGUUUUGGUUUCAGCGGCUUCAACACCUUCAAUGGUCGUUCCAACUCGUCAGUCUCAUCUCGACCUGGCGUCCCGCUGUUCAACAACACCUUCACCAGCAGUAUCAACAGUAACAACCCCAACAACCAGAAGAACCCACCCGGGAUGCCCAAGUCGGGAUCGUUGUACCAAAUUCGCGGCCUUAUUGGGAAGAUGCAAAAGCUGGAAGAACGGGUACAAUCCGCCAAGUCCAAGCUUCCUGCCCCAUCUGAUUCUCCGUCCCGCGGAUCUUCCCGUUCGGGAUCUGUGAUGGGCGAAAGCCCUGUUCCUUCUACCAUCACUGUUCGACGGAACUCCCGAAAAAGAUUGAGUGGCAGUAGUUUCAACUCUUCCGUUCGGGAGGGUGAUAGCAUGCCCUCAUUCGUCCCAUCGAGCCGACAGUCCUUUGGUACUCGCACUCAAGGGGACAGUCGGCCAAGCAGUCGCACAAGCUAUUCCAGCCGUAGCUCUGUCAGCCACAGCACGCACCCGAGCAUGACACCAUCCACCCGCCCUGAGAGUCGCCAAAGCCGGACCAAAACGCCCUUAGGUCACUUUUCCACGAAUCCGACCACCGAAAGCCGACGGCCCCGGUCAUCGCUCAGCAACCCUGCUGCUUCAGUGCCUCCCACCAACGGCAUGUCUCACAUUGAUGAAGUUGACGAUCUUUCACUACAAAUGUCCGUGCGAGCUAAGAUAACCGAGGCUCGCCGCACGUCCGCCUCCACUCCUCCUGACCAUGUAGCUGUGAAGAAGCGAUCUGCUAGUGGGAUAACCGCCAUACCAACACCCCGGACCCUAAGAAUUAGCUCUGGGAUCCAUCACCGGGAAGGCAGCAUGGGGCCACCAGCAACCCGGAAGCCAACGCUUACUGAUUUGGGUGAAACUUUCUAA